AUAGCAUAUAGUAAAUUCAAGAUAGAAAAUGAAGGGUAUUUUAGUAAUUUGAACAUUCAACUAAAACUAGCUGUAGAUCCACCUCCUCAUAAGUCAUAACAUGUCUAUAAAAGGAACCAUUUCUCCUACUUGCAACCAUACCAGCCCACCUUAAGCAAUGGCUCUCACCUUCCCACUAAGGCUAGCCAGCAGCCUGCUGGCUUGUGUAGUUCUGACCAUAUUCAUGGGUCCAGCUCUCGGCUCACGCCAUCAAUUUCUAGAGCAAUCAGCCCCACUUCGCAAGCCCAACGCCACUGAUGAGUUCUUGGUGGGCCACAACCAAGCUAGAUCGCUCGUUCAUGUGGGCCCACUCAAUUGGAGCCAGAAGCUAGCCGCCGAGGUGAGCCGGCUCGUAAGGUACCAGAGAGACAAUAAGAGUUGCAACUUCGCAGACCUGUCGUCAAGCACGUUCGGCGCCAACCAAGCCAUCGGCGGACUCGACAUGACGCCACGCCAAGCCAUCGACUUAUGGGCCAGCCAGAAACAGUUCUACAACCAUGCCAACAACACGUGUGCGCCGGGACACGAUUGCAAUGUAUACACUCAGGUAGUAUGGAAGAAGACAUUAGAAGUAGGGUGUGCACAGGCAAGGUGUGUGAAGAAGGGUGCAACACUAACUAUUUGUUUUUAUUUUCCACCUGGAAAUGUAAUAGGAGAAAAACCUUAUUAGAGAAAUGGCGAUCUGGACCGUCCAUAUCACUGGCUUAGUUGUUGAUGGAGCAUGACUGGAAAAUCCAUGAGUAGAUGAUAGUAAAGAUAUUAUUUCUGUCAUUUUGAUUUUGGAACACUUAUUAUUUUCUUUUUAACCAUCCAUUUUAUAGAAACUGAAUUGGACGGUUGAGAUUGCAUGGUCAGUAUGGUUUUCGAUGUAUGCUCCAUCCACAAUGUACUCAACCUUUUGGAUGGUCUGGAUCGUGGGUUUGUUUAUGCCACGUGUAAGGAGAAUGAGUCAGCAUUUUUGCAGAAGAAAAAGGCUGAUAGACUUCCAUUUUAUUGAAGGGCCCUCUAUUUACACCUUUGAUUCAGACACUCCUAUUGCUAUACUUUU